GACUUGAUACCUCUUUGCAUUUAUUCCUAGUCGCCUACCCGGCCUAUCGCUGUUCUUUCUUUCACGCUUUCAUCCUACUCUAAUCGCGACAUCUUGACCUACGUCAGACUCUACACAUAGUGCAAUCACUGCACGCCAUCACACCUUGACCCUGCAAGCCCGUUGCGCCAACUUUGCAGCCAGCGUUUUCCCAGUUAGCAUCUGUCGCAUCGCUCUUGUCGUACAAACCACCAAACGCGCCAAUGGCUUUUCCAGCUUAUCAGCCUAAAGCGCGGGUGCAGAAAGCCGCGCCUCACUUUUCUGGCACAGCAGUUGUUGAUGGCACCUUUGAAGAACUCAGCUUGACGACCUACACAUCCACUAAGCAAUGGCUUGUCCUCGGCUUCGUCCCCAUGGCCUGGACUUUUGUCUGCCCGACAGAAAUCAUCGCCUUCAGUGAACGCGCCUCCGACUUUGCCGCCCGCGGCGCCAGCGUCGUCUUCGCUAGCACAGAUAGCGAGUAUAGUCUACUCGCCUGGACGAACGCAAGCAAGAAGGAUGGCGGUCUAGGCAAAAUCAACAUACCGCUGUUGAGUGACAAGAACCACAGCGUGUCCAAGGAUUAUGGAGUGUUGAUUGAAGAGGAGGGUAUCGCUUUGCGAGGACUGUUCUUGAUCGACCCCCAUGGCAUUAUACGCCAGAUUACCAUCAAUGACUUGCCUGUUGGACGGUCGGUCGACGAGACACUCCGUCUGAUCGAUGCCUUCCAGUUCACCGAUAAGUACGGUGAGGUCUGCCCGGCCAACUGGAAUCCCGGUGAUGAGACCAUCAAGGCAACACCCGCAGGCAACAAGGAGUAUCUUGAGAAGGUCCAUGCCGAUACCAAGAUGUCUGAUAUUGCCACAAAAACAAACGGCAGAGCUUCUGGAGCGCACUGAAUGUACUCGUGUGGGAAUGUUGGUUCUUUUGCAAGCAGCAUGCUGAUUUUCUGUUUCGACGAGAGUUUUCAAUCGACAUCUUUUCUCGGCUUGCUUGCUCGCAUAACACCGUCGUCUUGUUGCUCGGAUAUUGGGUGGCAUUGGAUGGUGUUGUUUUGGCGCGUUUGCCAUAGAGUUGUAGCUGUUGAUUGUAGUCUUGCGCUUCUCUCAGACGUUCCUUUGUAUCAGUAGAUCCUGUAUGUAGUAGUGUACCUAGGUAUGAUUGGAACCAUGCAAGUUUGAAAUCCGGU